CGCCUGCGCACUGGCGUCGGCGUCGGGGUGGGGGGCAGAUUUAUAUCCGCCGCGAUCAGCUGACGAUCUGCAUUGCAGACUUCGGGAGUCCAGCGGCGCCAUGUACGCUUUCCUGCUCCUGGCCAGCCUGCUGGGCACUGCUCUAAGCAGCCCUGUCCAGGACCUGAGAAAAUGCUCCAAGGGCUCCGCGGUGCUGUGCCGGGACCUGAAGACGGCGGUGGACUGCGGCGCCGUGAAGCACUGCCAGCAGGGGGUGUGGAGCAAGCCCACCGUGAAAUCUGUUUCAUGCACUGUAUGCACGAAAGUCGUCAACGUAGUCGGCAACCUGCUGAAAGACAACACCACGGAGGAGGAGAUGUUUGGUUACCUGGAGAAGGUCUGCAGAUUGAUUCCUGUGCCCAGCCUGUCGAACACAUGCAAGCAGAUGAUCGACUCCUACCUCCCCGUCGUCUUGGACAUGAUCAAGGGGCAAAUGAGCCGUCCUGAGCAGAUCUGCUCUGCGCUCAACCUCUGCAAGUCUCUCCAGAAGCACCUGGCCGAGUUGAGCCACCAGAAUCAGAUCGAGGCCAAUAAGAUCCCCGAAGUGGACAUGACCAACUUGGUGGCUCCCUUCAUGGCCAACAUCCCCCUCCUCCUGUACCCUCAGGAUGGCCCCAAGAGCCAACUCCAGCCCAAGGACAAUGGAGAUGUCUGCCAGGACUGCCAGCAGAUUGUGACUGACGUCCAGAGUGCCGUGAGGAGCAAUGCCACCUUCGUCCAGGGCUGGUUGGAGCAUGCCAAGAAGGAAUGUGACCGCCUGGGGCCUGGCAUGGCCGACAUGUGUAAGAACUACCUUGAAGAGUAUUCUGAAGUCGCCAUCCAGAUGAUGAUGCACAUGGAUCAGCAAUCCAAGGAGAUCUGUGUGCUGGUUGGCUUCUGUGAAGAGGUCAAGGAAGUGCCAAUGAAGACCCUGACCCCUGCCAGCGUGGCCAGCAAGAAUGUCCUCCCUGCCCUGGACCUGGCAGAACCCUACCAGAAGGACCUGGUACAAGCCCAGAAUGAGGUUUUCUGCAAGACCUGUCAACUCGUGGUGAAGUUGUUUUCUGAGCUGCUUGCUAACAACGACACUGAGCAAAAACUCAUUGAUGCUUUGGACAGGGCGUGCUCACUGUUGCCCCCCAGCAUGUCCUCCAUGUGCCAGGAGGUGGUGGAUACAUACGGCCCCUCGUUCCUGGACGUCGUCGUGAAUGAGCUCAGCCCUGAGGUGCUGUGUGAUGCCAUCCAUCUCUGUUCCUCCGAUGGGGACCAGGUCGUGACGCUUGACAUGGUGCUGGAGAGGAUGAGCCAGCCCCAGCAGUCUGUGCUCCCCAAAGAGUCUGCGCUCCCCGCACCUGUGACUCCUGUGAAGGCCGAUGGUCUCUGUGAGGUGUGUAAAAAGCUGGUCGGCUACCUCGAGCACAACCUGGAGAAAAACAGCACCAAGGACGAGAUCCUGGCGGCUCUGGAGAAAGGCUGCAGCCUCCUGCCUGACCCCUACAAGAAGCAGUGUGACGAGUUUGUGGCUGAGUACGAGCCUUUGCUGUUGGAGCUGCUCAUGGAGGCGAUGGACCCUUCCUUCGUGUGCUCGAAACUUGGAGCCUGCCCCUCGGCCUCUAAGCUGCUCUUGGGAACUGAGAAGUGUAUGUGGGGCCCCAGCUACUGGUGCCAGAACGUGGAGACGGCAGCCCGCUGCAACGCUGUUGACCAUUGCAAACGCCACGUGUGGAACUAGGAGUGUUCCGGCUUGCCGCAACCACAGCCGCCUGUGGGUCUGGGAUAGUGAACCCAGCUCUCUCCCUUGGCUAUGACUAGAAGAACCUCCCUGCCCUUCCCCCCACCCCCCUUCUUGUAGCGCUGCUCUCACGGGGGAACUGCUGGCUGUCCAUUGACAGCUUCCUGCUGGAUGAGGACGUGGGGCCGGCGGGCCCCAGCUGCCCUUGCACCCACUGGUAGGAGAAUGAGCCAGAGCUUUGUCCUGAGCCCCAACAGAGGCUUGGGGACUUCAGAGGCCACCACUUGCUCCAAGGAGGGAGCUCCCAAGGUAGUUUUAUAUGGAAAACUAGCAGCUCCGAAUCAUUAGGUUUCUAAAACAAUGGAAUGGGCCCUGUUGUAGAGCUUUUGGAAGCUCCUGCUCGCCCAUCCGUUCCUGUCCAUGCCUUGUCUGGGGAAGGGAGCCUCCUCCUGAAUGUAACCUCCCACCCCUGCUCUGUGAAGGGUCUGUGGGCCCGCUCGUGUGCGCCGGCUGCUGGGGCUCUGCACGCAUGCCGCUGCCCUUUCCCUUGCCAACAACCGUGGGUGACGAGCUGAGGGUCUGUGGCGUGGGUGAGUGCCCACGAGCCAGCAGAACCAGCAUGUGCUGUUAAAUGGACUAGAUUUUCAUGUGUCUGUUUUGCACUAAAGUUUCUGUGACUUAAUAAAGUUCUGUUAACUAGA